UGAUGUGAUGCGAUCUGGAUCUGAGGCGGCACGGAGAUCUCCAAUCUACCUCCAUCUUGGCUAUUCCCCAACUUCCCCCUCAUACCUAAGGUAUAUAUAUUGUGUGUGAUAUUCUAGCUUACUAAACCUCUACCAGCCAAGCUAUCCUCGCGAAGCGAACCAUCACUUCGACUUGCAGGCGCUGAAUCAGCAAUCCGCGUUACACACAAUUAUCCAAUCCUUAGUCCCGGCUGACAAUGCAGUCAACUAGUUGUACGUUGCAUCGGGCAGGCAGUGCCUUAGUCAGGACAUAGCAACAACACGAACAACGUGGUGGAUAUUGAAGCCAUCGACAUCAUCCUUCCGCGGGCUGGACUCUCGGUGGAGUGCUGAUUCCGGUGUUCAAGGCCGCGGUUCUCGUCAUCACGGACUCGAUGCUGUCUAGUCGAUGUGACCCAUGAUGACCUGGGCACUGACGGGAUGCUGAUCAAGUGAUUAGACGGUGCUUGUCAAGAUGCUUGUGGCGGUCAACAACGAUAAUCCGGGAGGCAAGGUGCGGGACGAUAAUGAGGAAAGAAAUUCAGGAUAUCGAGAGUCCUGCGGGGAUCUUGGGGAUGAAGUUCAUGUAUAAAAGGAGUUGGUACAGCCAGAAUAUCAAUCACUCACUUCCAUCACCAUCACCAUCACCAUCUCCUCAGCAACCUUCUCACCAGUGAUUUCACCUUGACCAUCUCACAAUGAAGUUCACCACCCUUCUCACAACCGCCCUCACGGCCCUCCCCAUCCUGGCCGACUCGUCCUUCCCCUGGGAACGCCUCAACAAAAACGACUCCCUCCUCAUCAUUGUCGACCUCCAAGAAGGCCUUUACAAUCUCGCCCGUGACUACGACCCAACCCUCUUCAAACAAAACAUGCUCGCCCACUCCGCCCUAGGCCUUGCCUUCCCCACCCUCCCCGUAAUCCUCACCACCUCGGCCUCCACCGGCCCUAACGGCCCCCUCCCCCAAGAAAUCCUCGACAUGUACCCCACCGCCCCCGUCAUCGCCCGCCAAGGAGAAGUAAACGCCUGGGACUCCCCCGAAUUCCGCGCCGCGGUCAAGGCCACAGGCAAGAAGCAGAUCAUCCUCGCCGGCAUCGUCACAGACGUUUGCACCGCCUUCUUGGCUCGCUCUCUCCGCGCAGAGGGGUACUCCGUCUGGGCCAACCAGGAAGCCUCGGGCACCGUCACAAAAGAGAUCCGCGACCUCGCCAAUGAUCAGAUGAUGCGCGCCGGCGUCAACGUCGUCUCCCUUUUUAGCAUCGUCUGCGACCUGAUGAGGGACUGGCGCUCAUCCCCCGGCGCAAAGGAGAUCCUCCCCUGGCUGGACACGUACAUGCCCGUCUACGGGAUGCUCGCCCGCGGCCAUCGUGCCGCCGUCGAGAACGGGACUUUGAUCCCCGGGGAGGCUGACUUGCCUCUUUGAGAUCGCGCAAACUCAACCCCAUCCCAGCGAGGAUGAGAGAUGCAAAAGUUGAGAUUGACGGACAGAGGAGGAAAAUGAGCAGGAGGGAGGUAGAUAGAGAA